CGGGCCCUCGGAGAGCGUCACCAGAGCACAGACGGCGCGGCGCUGGAGCGGUGGUGUCAGCGAGCUGUCCGUACUCGACGCAGAAUCAGGAUGCUGUGGCUGCUGCUCUCGCUCCAGCUAAGCCUUACGGCCGGCGGCAGCCUCAGAGAGUGCCUGCUGCCUGAGCCAUCAGACGCUGCCGACGCUCCGCUUCCCGCUGCCACAGCCGUAGACGUCCCACUCCCCGCCGCCCCGGCCGCCGAUGUCCCGCCCCCCGUCGCUCCGGCUGCUGAUGACCCGCUCCCCGCCGUCCCCGCGUCGCCGCUCAUCAGCGCCGUCGGCCCCGACGCGUCGAGCUUGAUCGGGCUGUCGGGGGUGCGGCUGCUGCCCCUCUCGGGUACGUUCGGCGUCGGCGUCGGGCUGACGCCGGCCCAGACGGUGCAGUCGUACAUCAGCCAGCCACAUGGUCAGGCCUUCACCAGCGUCGGCAGCGGCGCCUUAGCCGGCCCCUCCAGCUUGCAGAGCGGCGGCCGCUUGCACUUCCCGAUGCCGCCCAGCGCCGACUGCCGCUACUGGUGCCGUGACCCCUUCGGCAGGUUCUACUGCUGCCAAACGGCCGCAGCGCCGCCGGCCGACCACCGGGGCCAGUGUCCACCCCCGCGCCUGGUCUGUCCGAGCAGCACUACCUUCCUGGCCAGACCGCAGCCAUGCGCCAGUGACAAGCACUGCGGCCUCAGCGACAAGUGCUGCUACGACGCUUGCCUGCAGCAGCACGUGUGCAAGCCGGCCGAGUGAGGCGUCACCGCGGGCUCCAGUGACGUCACGACAUCCCGGACAUCACGACGUCGCACUCGGACAGCGUUGAUGUCCGGUCUGACUGACGUGCGACGUCAGUUUGACGUCAUGUUUGACAUCAGGAGGCGCGUUUUGUGAGGUGCAACGCCGGCACUCUGACACCACAUGUGGUACAUAUGUGGGACGCAAUUGAAUGCUUCGGUCGUUCAAGGUAUGACUUUAUGAGCAUGACGUCAUACAAAUGAUUGAUCAGUAGCUCAUGGGUCUUGCCUGUGUGACGGCAGAGGAUCGAGUGCUGCCCUCUUGACCUAAUGACUCGUUUGGUGUUAUCGAAUGACCCGCUCUUGCGUUCUGUGCGCACAUCGACAGUUUCAGUUAUAUCCGUAAAUGUAGAAUUCGUAGAUACCUCUGGUGGUUUAUUCACUAUAUUAUUAAUUAGACCUCAGGCCAUUUCAUACAAUGUGUGAUUCGUCAAGACAAGAAUACACGCUUUUGGGCCGGAUA